GCGGCUGCCAGCCCCGGACGUCGGGCUUGGCCCGAGCAUCCUUCCCGGGGGCUGUGGAAAGUGCAGCCUCGCCGUCGGUUCCGGGGGCCGGGAGGAGCGCUUGGUCUUACGGGGGCCAGGCCCUGGGGGGCAACCGCAGCCCCGCCAGAGCCUGCGUUUCCCGAGGGGCCCCUGCCGGCGUCUGGGGCGAGAUGGCCGCGGGCGGCCGGGCUCCUGCGCCCUGGGUCCUGCUGUGCCUCGGCGCACUGCUGGCUCCCUGGGUCUCCGCAGGAUUGGAGGCUGUUGUCAUCGGAGAGGUUCACGAGAAUGUUACUCUGCUCUGUGGCAGCGUCUUGGGACCAAGGGGGCUGGUGACCUGGUACCGGAAUGACUCGGAACUGGUCUUCCUCCUGUCCUCCAAUUCCAGCCUCCAACCUGCCGACCCCCGCUACUCUCUGGCCAAUGCCGGCUCCCUGCACAUCGAGACGCUGAGCCUGCAGGAUGAGGGGAACUAUACCUGCCAGGAGGUUCUGAACGAGACUCGCUGGUUUCGAGUAUGGCUGCAGGUGGCCAGUGGCCCCUGUCAAGUUGAGGUCAACAUUUCCUCCACCGGCACGCUCCCCAAUGGGACCCUUUAUGCAGCCAAGGGCUCCCAGGUGGAUUUCAGUUGCAGCAGCAGCUCCUGGCCUCCACCUAUCGUUGAGUGGUGGUUCCAGGCUCCUGAUUCCAGAACUGAGCCCUUUGGAAACAACUGGACUGCCAGCAGCUUCAAGCUGUUCCUGAUGUCGCAGAACCUCCAAGGGAACUACACCUGUUUGGCCAAGAACAUGCUCAGCGGGAGACAUCGAAAUGUGACCACCGAGCUCCUGGUCUACUCCCCUCCGCCAUCAGUCCCUCAGUGCUGGGCAGAGAUGUCACCAGGAACAUUCAUGCUGCAGCUUACCUGUCGCUGGGACAAGGGGUACCCAGACCCUAACUUCCUGUGGACGGAAGAGCCAGGAGGUGUGGUUGUGGGGAAGUCUCAGCUUGGGGUGGAGAGGCUGAACCAGUCCCAGCUGUCAGAUGGCAAGAAGUUCAAGUGUGUUGGGAGCCACAUCGUGGGGCCAGAGUCGGGAACCAGCUGCAUGGUGCAAAUCAGGAGCCCCUCCAUUCUCUCUGAGCCCAUGAAGACGUGCUUUGUGGGGGGCAAUGUGACAUUUACCUGCCAAGUGUCUGGAGCCUACCCCCCUGCCAAGAUCCUGUGGCUGAGGAACCUCACCCAGCCCGAGGUGGUCAUCCAGCCCAGCAGCCACUAUGUCAUCACCCACAAUGGUCAGAGCUCCACCCUCACCAUCCGGAACUGCUCCCAGGGCCUGGACGAGGGCUACUAUGUCUGCCGGGCUGAGAACCCCGUUGGGUUGAGAGAGGUGGACAUCUGGCUAAGUGUGAAAGAACCUGUAAACAUCGGGGGAAUUGUGGGAACUAUCGUAAGCCUUCUUCUGCUGGGACUGGCCAUCAUCUCAGGGCUUAUUUUGUAUUACAGCCCCAUGUUCUGCUGGAAAGUGGGACGCACUUUCAGGAGGCAAGACAUGGGUGAUGUCAUGGUUUUGGUGGACUCGGAAGAGGAGGAGGUGGAAGAGGAGAAAGAUGUUGCAGAAGAGGAGGAAGAGGAAGCAAACGAGAGGGUGGAGUUGCCGAAAGAAGUUCAAAAGCACAGCCACAUUCACAGAGUGACCGCCCUGGUCAACGGGAACAUAGAACAAAUGGGCAAUGGACUGCAGGCGCUGCAAGACGACAGCGGUGAGCAGCAGAGUGACACGGUUCAAGACGACGACAGGCCGGUUUGAAGAAAAGAACUGCACUUCAUCGUCCUCUUACAAGCUUGGGAAGCUACGUUGAAGAUGAGCUUUUUAUUCUGCUUUGACUUGACUUAGCACCCCUACCUGAGGGCUUACAAUGGCUUGGGGCUUUCAGCAAAAAGGACACACACACACACACACAGAAAUUUCCUUCCUUUUUUAAAAAUUGGUUUCAUUUUGCUCUAAGUUUUUUCAAUAAUGUUAAAAAGCUUUGGGAAUGGGCAGUGUGUUCGGUGUGCCCCCCAACUCUCUGUGAUUUCUGACUUCAUCCAUGUGACUGACAUCUGUUUGGAGUGGGGAGUGCACUUGACCUCAGUGCCCUUUGCCACUCUUAAAGGUCUGUAACCAGCUUGCCCCAGCACACGAGGGAGUAGUGUGCACACGAGGGAAUAGUGUGGGGUGAUAAGGCCGCUUCCUUUAUCACGUCCCAGAUGGGCUGAGGAGCCAGACAAAUGAUGGAAGAGCCCCUGGAAAAGAGAAAGAGCUGCUCGUGAGCCACAGUGGUCAGACAAUGGCAGUGUGUUUGGUUUUGGAGCCAGAACCACCCAAACUGGAAUCUGAGUCCUGCUGCUUGUUUCGUGGACUUGGGCAAGUUGCUCUGUCUCUGUUUGGGGCCUUGAUUUUCUUAUCUAUGUAAGAGGUGAAAUCACACUACCUUACAGGGUCGUGGUGGGGACAAUACAAGGACCUUUGGGAUGUAUAAGCAUCUCAGUGGAAUGUUAGGUCUCUUUGCCUUCGCCUGCCCUCCUGGAAGAAAACCCCUCACCUGUAAGUUACCAGCCGCUGCCUGGGCCUUUUAUUUUUCUUUGUAGGAUGGUUUCAGAUGAGGGCAUUCUCAGAGCUCUCCUGAAUGAUUUUUGCUUCCUUGAAGGUAUCAUUCUUUCUAAUGAGGUGGGGGCUAACAAGAGGAAGUGCCUUUCAAUAGAACCUCACACUUUGCAGUUUUGUGUUUAUACAGAAGCCUUUUAGGUGUUGCACUAUCAGUAUUCAGCCUCCCCAUUCUGCCUUUCUCCUGAGGCUUUGAAGGAAAGCAGGAGAAAUGUUUUAUACCCGAGUGUCUGGGGAUUAAGUCCUCCUUGGGCAGACCAGUUCCUCUGGCCUGUGUCUCCAUCUUGGAAAUAGGAAUGGAAAAAUUUAUUUCCUUCCUGCUUCUUAAGGAUUAUGAAGAUGCACUGAUCAGUAAUACUCAAUAUCUAAUGAAAAUAACACAUUGAUGAGCAUUUAGCUGCUGAUGCAUUAGAUCCUUGUACAGUGUAGAGUUUUUUUCCCUGGCUUUUAUCCAAACCUCUUAAAUGUCAGGGACUUAUAAUGGUGCAGAAGCUGUGUGCUAAACAUGAAAAUCUGACUUGAAUUUACACUCCUUAAUGUUGCAUAUCUUGCUCAGAUGGGCCAUACCUAGAACUUUACUUCUCCAAUAACAAGGACUGAGAUUCCUAAGAUGAGAAGUCGGUUGUGUGCACGGUUAACCUGCAGGUGUGAUUGGGGGAGAUGUGCUUUUCUUGGAUGAAGGGACUAGGGGCUGAGCAAGUUACUAAAAGUAAGCCCUGUCGUCUGUCCCCCCACCCAUCAGAAUACUGGGGAGCUGGCUGUACUUUGCACCCCUCAGGACUAGCUGUGAACUGCAGGUCUCAUUAUUGGGUCUCUUGCUGCUCUGUACCUCAUGUACUUAACCACUCUACCCAGUCUAAGGGAGUAUCCUUUCCAAAGGGAGUACUUUUAGACCGGUGGCUUUUAAAGUUACUGAAUACAGACCUAGUCUCUUUAGAAUGUUCCAUGAUUAAUAGUUCCUGAAUUUGAGAAUCCUUUGUGCAGAGGCAACUAUAUUUCAAAAAAGAUGGCCUCCCCGGUGGCGCAGUGGUUGAGCGCUGGGUUGCGAAGCUGCCGGCGACCUCUGCGGCGCUGGUUCGAUCCCCGGCUGCUCCCUGGCCACCUGAGGAGGGUCCCACAUGGCGCGCGGACCUCUCGUGCCGCCCGCUGCUCCCCUCAGCAGUGUACUUCGGUCCUUCUG